CUUCCCGCCGCCCUGCUGGACUGUAUCUAGUUGUUAGAUGGUUGACAUUAAUUUUUGCAAGCUAGAAAUCGAAGGUUCAAUCUUUGUGUGAAAACUGAAUCCGUCGAUGCGGAAUACGUUUUGGCUAGAGAAAGUAGUCUGAGUGGCUAUGCAAAUAGAAACAUAAAGUUCUUGCUGGUCGGGAACAAUGUUUAUGUGGUGGAACGUUCACUCCAUUUCUUAGACCCACUCGGUACUUGCACGCGACUUGGGCACCAUGCACUUCCGGUCUUUCUCAGAUGGUUCUCAGUAAACAACAUCGAACGAAAUAGAAAUAGACAUAUUUACAAGUUUGUAACAUUGUUGUCACAAUUGAUCUCGAUUUUAUAAUUUUGGUGAUCAGUCUUCAUGAGGAUCUGCACGCCGCCCUGUUCUAGCCUAUGGGAGAAGCUCAGUUGGUCUUUGUCAGAUAACUGAAGAAUUUGGACAUGAUCAGCAGUGGGGACAUGAUCAGCAAUUAACAUCUAGUCCAAGUUCUCCUGGAAGCCUUUGACAAAAUGGAGGAGAGAUGCGACAGCGUAGAUAAAGCAGGAGACAACUCAAAACAUGCAGCUAGGUUUUUACCAAGCCGAUCCUGUCAGCAAAUCACUAAACACAAGAAAAGAAAAGUAGAGGACGGGUUUUUGGCAAACAAACCAUCAAAGACCAUGGCAGCACCGAAUGUUAAGGCUGUUGCAAACUUGGCUUCAUUUCCAGAUAUGCGAAGUCAUUCCAAGAGUAUGGCUCAAGAUGUUCUAAGAGAGUUAUCAGAGAGGAAGGCAACAGAGAUCAUCCAAGAUAAGUGUCUACCCUUCUCAGAAGAAUUAUUCCCUGUGGGCCAAACAAAGGUUCAGGAAACUGGUGUUUUGGUUUCAGGAUUUGAUAUUAAAAAUGACAGUGGAAGAGGUCCUGCUUUUUCCUCCCUCUUGUCAAGCAAUUUGUCAAAGAACACGAGAAAUGUCACACCAUCACCCACAAGCCUUGUGUCCCAGCAGUCUUCUUUAUCAGACUUUUCUGUAAGUGACCCCACACAAUAUUUAAGGGGCGCAGUUGAUGAGAAAUCCUGUGCUGUGGUGUCCCAUCAAAUGUUACCACCUGCGGAAACAGAGAAAGUAGAAGAGAAAAUGUCCUUUAAUUCACAUUUGCCUGUGAUGAAAAAGCAACAAAAGCGGAAAGUUGGUCGGCCAUAUAAGAAAAAAACUCUAGUGAAAAUGGCUAAAUUAUUUGCAAUUGCCCAAGACUGGGAUUCAGAUGCCACAGAAAUUGCUAAGGUUACUCAAUGUAAUGAUAUUUUAACAUCCUCACACAAAGAAACAAACAAGAAAAAAAAAGAUGAAAUGCUAGAAUUUCCCCCAACAUCAAGUAACACCAGCUCUAGAUGCAAUGCCAAGUCAGAAUCUUCAAAUCAAAUCAAUUCUCCAAUUGCACAUUCAGAUGGUGUAGUUUCUCUGUCUGAUAUAGAUGGACCAAGUAUUUCUAUCAAAUUCAACCAACUCUCCAGGAAUCAGAUAACUUUAAAGACCAUUCAAAAAGAGGAAGCAUUAAAAAUGAAAGUGCUGACACAGAAAUUGAUUACGGUCUCAAAGGUGCCAGACAUGGAGAGGUCUUUGACGCAGAACACCUUGGUGCCCCCUGAAACUGCCUGCUCUGUUAAUGACAACACAGAAAAUGCACGAAAAGUACAGAAGAGACCUGGAAAGAAAAAAGUGCUGGCAUCCAAAGCGGGAAAAAGACAGAAGCAAAUGUUUAAAAGGAGCCGAAAGUCUCUGACCAACCACACAAACACUCAGUCACAAACUAAUAAUCCACCACCACCAAAAAAAUGUAUCAUUGGUAUCUCCACAGAUGCAACUCCACUGCAGUCUUUUGAUAUAAAAACAGAGCCUGCAGACUUAAAAGACACUUGUGCUUUGGAUGAUGAAAUCAAUUUGAAGAGAGACCAAAAAAGAGAACCUCCCUCCAAAUGCAUUUCAGAAGAGAGUGAUAUGAGGUCAAGAUGCUUGGUCUCUUCUAUCACUCAAAAAGAGCAGGGGACAUCAAGUGACAUGACAAUGGAAAUUAAAGAUAAUAUAAAUACUGAGGUAAUAAAUUCAGGAAACCAGGGGGAAAUGACUCCAAAAACCCAUAAACUCUUGCAGCUGAAGAAUAUUGAAGAUAUGCUCAAAUCAAAGAGAAAAGCUGGUCGGCCAUUCAAGAAAAAGACAUUAUUUAAAAUGGCUAAACUGCUAGCAAUUGCAGAGGAAUGCAGAUCUAAUGAUACAAAAGGUUGUGACAUGAUUGAAGAGUGUGAUCCAAAAUCCCAUCAGGCAGUCCCUGUCUGUCCACCCCUAAAGUCAGAAGUAACGGAGAAAAUCGUUACAAAAGCAAGUGUGUUAAAUGUAAAAUCCAGCAGAGCAUAUACAGCUACCCAAAAUACUCUUCAACCAAAGCCAAACUUCGCACUUAACUUCAUACAACCAGUUCCAUCUGAUAUUGGUGGACCUAUCCUCAAAUCAGAGGACACAACUCUUAUCCCCUCAAUGGUAUCUCCAAUUCCUAAACAGAAAAGCCACCAAUGUGCUAAAACCCAGAGAAAAAACACAACAUCUAACCAACAAAUUUCAUCUUCAGUGCCACAUCCUUCAGAUUCCAUGGCUCUUGAUAAGGUUGUCUCAACAAGAAAUAUCAAAGAAACCAAGAAAAGCAUUGGCUCACAAUUGCUCUGUACAAAUGGAAUUCCUAAGGGAGAUGUAUGUAAUCAAACUAAUAGUGAUGGAAUAUGUUCAAAUACUUCAGCACCAAAUGUGUCACAAUCCUGGAAAUCAAAGAAACGUAGGGUGCCAAAUAGAAAAGGUACUGAAAAGGUAGUGGUCCCAUUAUGUGAAAGCACUGACCUUCUUUCUUUAGAUUCCCUGUUGCCGGUACGAUAUCACAGUACAUCUCAGGAGAAAUAUUUUCUGCCGAUUAAAAAAAAGACAGAAUCUGACACUGCAUACUUGAAAUCUAUAAUAGUUACUAAGUCUAAUCCAAAGAUGUGUAAAUCAGGAAAAAAGUCAAACAUUGGGCAAGCACAUGUGCCAACUUUGGAUCCUCCCCUUGGAAUGGAACAUAGACGUCCUGAUGUGUCACAGGUGAAUCAGAUGAGACAAGUGGAAGCAGUGAUAGAGUCAGUAAUUGAGGAUAUUCACAAACCACUGGAAAAUGUGUGUCCAAGAUUUUUUUUUAAAGAAGACGCCAGCUAUGUUUCUGAAUCCACUUUGAAUCCUUCCCUUGGAGCGGAACAUAGAAAUAUUGAUAUGGCACACGUGGUUCAAAUGAGACAAGUUGAAGCAGUGAUCGAGUCAGUGAUUGAGGAUAUUCACAAACCACUAGAAGAUAUGGGUCAAAGACAAAUUAUUAAAAAAGGGUCUACUCCGGCUCCUAUCCUUGCAGUGGAACAUAGUCCUCCUGAUAUGCCACAAGUGGAUCAUAUAAGACAAAUGGAAGCAGUGAUGGAGUCAGUUAUUAAGGAUCACAAAAAAGGGGUCAGCGAUGUUCAUGCAUCAGAACAAUCAAUCUUUCCACCUUCAGAUAACCAGUUUGAAUGCCAUAACCAUCAUGUGUUAUCUCCACCACCAUUGCAAUCAAACAUGAAGACAGGAUCAUCCAGAAUGAAAAAUCCCAUACCCAAAACUACUUCCAAAAAUAGGUCAAAAACAUGCAGGAAAGAGAAAAGUCCCAAGAAAGCAGCUAUUCCAACUUCAGGUUCUUCAUCUUAUGCAGUGCAUGCACCAUCCAAAUCCGUUAGGAAUUCCAAGUCUUGCCCAGAAAGAAAAAUGCCAUUACAGAAAGAUAAUGCACAGGUUCCAACAUGGCAUCCUUCCCUUGAAGUGAAGCAGAGAAGUCCUAAAUUAUCACACUUGGAUCAACAGAGAGACAUGGAAGCAUUAACUGACUCUGUAAAUGAGGAUCUUGACAAACUGCAUGAACAUAAGGAGCAACAGAAAAUGUUUAAACAAAUAAGACAAGUGGAAGCUGUGAUAGAAUCAGUGAUUGAGGAUCUUCACCUACCACUCAAUCCUACGGGUCAGCAAGUACAUUUAAAAGAGCCUGGUAACGUUGCUCCGUUGGAAGAAACAACCUUUCGGACCUUAGAUGACCUGCCUAGUUCAUUUGGACAAAAUUAUUUGCAACCCAGAAAGACAAAGUCCGACGUACAAAAUGUGACUCCCAAAACUAGUACAAAAAUUAAGUCAAAAGAACACAGGAAACACUCUUCUAGAAAACGCUCUAAAAAUGUAAAAAAGGCUAAUGUACUUACUUCAGAUUCUUCUAUUGGUGCAAAAGAUGGAUGUCAUGACAUGCCUUCCUACCUAACCAAAGCAGAGAAAGGAGAAAAGAGUGAUAGAAUCACUAACAGUUUAUUUAAGCAUGAAAAGGAAGCAUUGAAAUCAGCAACAGAUGGUCGUUUGGAAACGGCAGCCCACAAACCAAGUCAGCGUAAGUGGCCAAAAAAUAAGCUAAAUGAAGAAAGUAAUGGUCCACCAUCAGAACAAAAUACCUUUCCUGCCUUGGAUAACAUGUUGGAACUGGCUACCCCCUGUACGUUACCAGAACCCAUACCUACAAAAGCAACAAAAACAAAGUCAAAAGUAUGCAGGGAACUCACUCAUAAAAAUCUCUCAAAGAAAUCAAACAAAAUUGCUGAAUUUCUUGAAAUACCUUCCCACCUUACAGAAGCAGAGACAAGAGGAAAGUGUGAUGGAAAAUCCCAAAACAAUUUAGCAAAGCAUGAAAAUGAAUCAGUGACUGAUUAUCAUUCAGAACCAGCAUCCCUCAAACCACAUCAAUCUAGAAGACCAAGAAAGAAGAUUAAAAUAGAAGACAUAAAUGUUACAGAACCGGAACCAGAACAAUCUCUUUCCUCAGAUAGCCAGCUACAACAGCGUGAACAUGUGUUACAGCAAGUUUCUUUGCUAAAAUCCGAGGUUAAGACAGAACCAGGAAUGGAGCAUACCAUAUUGGAAAUGGCAACUAAAAAUACAAAAGAAUGCAGGAAAAGAGAACUCCGUUCCAAAAUACUCUCAGGAAAGGACAAAAGACCAGUUAUGAUAACUUCAAAUCCUACUCCAGAAGUUGAAUGUCCUGAAAUCCCUUCCCACCUAACCCAUGCAGAGCAAAACAGAAAGAGUGAUGGAAAAGCCAAUAACAAUUUAGUUAAAGAUGAAACUGUGACAUUAGUGAAUAUGGAAGCAGCCCACAAACAGCUCAUUGGAUCAAAAAAAUGUGUAAAACAAGAGAUCUGCAAUGUUACCAUAUCAGAAAAAGAAGCAACUCUUAAUGACAGUACUUUUCAGCAAAUGUAUUUGCUUGCAUCAGGGGUAAAGUCAGAAUCUAAGAAUGAACAUAUCCUAUCCACACAAAAAAAUAACAUUUCUGAGGCAUGCGAGAAAAGUGGGCAAUCAUCCGAACAAACCGCAAAUACCACUGAAAUUCCAACCCCACCAAGUUCAAAACUUUCGUUUGAAAUGGAAGAUGGAUAUUCUGUAAUGACUAAGUCUUUUACAUGUGUGGACCAGGAUCCGAAUAUUCUUGAUACUCAUAAAGGCUCCAAAGAAAGAAAAGAAAGUGGAUCAACCCAAGCAAUAUCAAAUGUAAGAUAUUCUAGAAGGCCCUCCAAAUGCAAUUCACAUAUGACCACAGAGUUGAUGCAAGAUCAACCAGUUAUAUCUGUUGCAUCAUAUCUCACUAAUCUCCCUACCAGUCCUGCAUCAACAACAGUAUACUCAGUUGCAGCACAAGGACAGAUUACUGAAUUAGUCAGUGCUGAACAUAGAGACAAAAUGCCACAUAAAAUAAGGACACCUCUAACAAAGAAAAAACUUCAGAGACAUAAACAUACAGGAGAUCUUGAUAAGAAUGUCACAGGUGACAAUGCGUUGUCUGCCAAAUUAUCAUUAGCAUUAUUAAAAGAGAAAGGUAUUGUGGAAGAUAAAAGCCCAGAAAAUUAUUUAAAAGAAAAGAAAGGCAGAAUUCUCAAAACUGACAGUUCUAAUCGACCAAGUCAACACAGCCCUUCUCAAGUGAAAAAUGUCAAUGCAAUAGCAGAUGACGCAUUAUUUUUUAAAUCCUCGACCGAUGAACCAGGGCACUCCACAUCUCUUUCAAUAAACCAAAUCAGUGCCCUGACCCUAAAACGUAAAGGUAAAAGAGUAAAAGCAAUUGCAUCCACCCCCAAAAUCCCCUUUGAACAACCCUGCAUUAAUAUUUUCCAAGACAAAACAUCCCUGUGUGUCACCAGUAUACCAGUAAAACAAAGAGAACCUGAAAGCAGAAGUUAUUUGAUAAAAUCAUAUCUUAAUGAUGCCUCUGAAUUCAUGGACUUCACAUUAGCAGGUAAUCAAACAAUGCGGAACAAUUGUAAGAAAUCCAUUACAGUAGAACCAACAUUGGACAAAGAAAUUAUGGGGCUAGAUAUCCCGACCGCUAUAGCUAAUAAACAAAAAAAGAAACGAGGUCGGCCAUUCAAGAAAAGAAAUGUAAUAACAAUGUCAUGCAGACAACAAAAGUCAAACACUAGUGGAGAAUUGACUGUGAAUCAGAAACAGAACAUCCAAUCAGUCAAAACACCUAGAGGAGAGAAAAUGCUUGAUUUGAACCCGGUGUCAAAACCCUCAACAAAGCACACAAGAGCAUCCAAGGUAGUGAAGCUUGAAGAAAUUGUUCUUGAACGACAGAAAGGCACAUGGGAAAGCAUGGAUGUAUCCAGCAACAUUUUCUCUCCACAAACCACAGCUAAUUCCCCCAAUAUUUUGAUGCAUGAAUUUGAGACUUCACAAACAUCAGAAACUAUUGUUUUUGUUGAUGCCGGGGUGUCACAAGGAAUUCAGGAAGAUGAAUCUGCCCCAUUAACAGCCACUGUCACAAAACAACCUCAUAAUGUGACUGCCAUGAAGAAGAAACGCAGGACAAAUAAAACUGGGUGGGCUACAAAAGUAAAAUCCAAACGGUUGCUCUCCAAAGUGAACUGUAGGGAUACUCUUGAGGAAUUGGUUCAGUCUUCCAUUGACAACCCAGGACUCUCAUUUAAAUCCAGCCUCUGUAAAUCGUUAACAGAAAAUGGCACAUUGGAAUGUGUUGAUAAAGAGAGAGAAUGUAGAGCAGUUACAAACAACUCCAACAUAGUUCAUGUGAAGAUCAAUCCUCAAGUUCAACCCCUUUCAGCUUGUGCUAAACGGCAGGCAUCAAGUGCACUCCAAAAACAUGUGAAGACUAAGAAACCUAUGUCAUGCCUUUUCUGCGGUCGCUCAUUUCGCCACAUAUCUGCAUACACAAUGCACAAGCGCAUUCACACAGGUGAGAAGCCUUACAGGUGCCAGAAUUGUGGCAAGAGCUUUGCUCAGCUCUCCCAACUCAACUCACACUCAAACCUCCACAAACAUGGACCCAUGCAAUGCCCAUGUUGCAUUACUCAAACUCCAAACAAAGAUGACUUGAUUGAUCAUUUCAAGAUCCAUAUUAAAGACACCAGGAGGUUCAGCUUGAAUAAUUCAAGAAGAGAAAUUAAAAUUCAACCAUAUGCUGACUACAUAGAUUCCCCAGUCUGUGCAAACGGCAGGAAAUCCCUUAGAUGCUCCACUUGUUUAAAAGAUUUUUUCAAUAAGGCCACAUUGAAGAUGCAUUUACAAUUACACAGUGGUGUGAGGUCUUUCACAUGCAAAAUAUGCAGCAAAAGGUUUAGCAAUAUCUCAAAGUUCAAUGCACAUGAGAAGACACACUGGCCAGUUAAACCGUAUGCUUGCUCUGUAUGUGGAAAAGCCUUUGAUCUGCUAAGAGAGCUUAAAACACACUCUAAUAUGCACUCAGGGGACAUGCCUUUCUUCUGUAACCACUGUGGUCAAUCUUUCAGCAACUUUUCAUCCUUGCGAUCUCAUCAAGUCUCCAAAGUGUGUUUUGGUGUUAUAGCUGAAGAUGAUAGCAAGAUUGACAUUGAGGGGUUUCUGGUGGAGAAAAGGGCUGAAAGACAAAUUAAUACCCCAUUGUACUUUAAAUGUCAGAUUUGCAAACAACUUUAUCGUCACUGGUGUCAGUACAUUCUUCAUCUACAAACUCACACUAACAACAAGCCAAACCUUUGUGAGAUCUGUGGACAACAGUAUUAUCAGGAGGUACCUGAAUUGUGUGUUCAUUGUUUAGUUUGCUGCAAAUCAAGUGGGGAGCAGAGGGCAUGCAAUUCAUCCAUGUCCGAUGUCUGGCACAAACCCCAACCUCUGCAGAAUCAGACAUCUGAGAUUGAUUUAGAUUCUCUUUACAAGGACCAUCAGGAAAUGUCUACUGAACAGCAUACUCAGUGCAAGGAGUCUGAGCCCCUGCCAUCUCUGAAAACUUUGGAGGAGUGUUCCUCAGAUGCUCCACAAAACCCCAACUCUGCUUGCCAGACCCCAGGCAAUGAAUUAGAGAUUCACACACCUACUCCCUCCAACUCCAGGUGUCCAAGUCCUUCCCUACCUUCACUUUCAGCAAUGAGCUGCAAUUCUGAACGUUCAAAAUUUCGUUCUAGUUUUCAGACCCAUGCCCGAUAUUCAUGUCGACAAUGUGGAAAAUCUUUUACCUGGUGGCACAAGCUCUGGCUGCAUCAGGGACUACACAGAGAAAAACGCUGUAGCUUCCCAUGCACUCAGUGUAAUUUGAAGUUUCGCUUUUUUGGCUCCUAUAGAGAGCACAUGCAGGAACAUGCAGCACAGAGACCAUAUGCUUGUCCCUUGUGUCCCAAAACCUAUGCCAUUGAAGAAGACUUAAAUACCCAUUUGUGUGAAAAUCACCAGCCUAGUAACAGCCCUAAAUGUGACACAUGUGGAAAGGGUUUUACCAGGUUCAGAAACUUGGAGAGGCAUAGGCUUUUACACAGAGGUGCCAUCUCGCACUACUGUAUCCCUUGCAAUCUGCCAUUUCCUAGUAACCAAGCCUUACAGAAUCACUUGAAGUCUCAUGAAGUUCACCCUGUUAUUCCAAACCCUAAUGGGCCACUGAAACCAUUAAAUUUUCCAUAUCACUGUAGAAAAUGUAAAGCCAGAUUUACAACCUCAGACUUGCUCCAGGCCCAUCAGGUUUGCCAUCUUACCAGGGAGGGGAACACAUCUAGCAGUUCAGCUAAUAUUGUUUCUGAUACCCUUACCUCCAAGCUCUCAAAUGAACUUGAAGUGAGAGUCAUGUUAUCCCCACAGACAAUACCUUGUCUUCCUCUGUCAAAGAAAAAGCAUCUUUAUAGGUAUCCUAACCCUGAUCAUCUGUAUGUUGUCCCUAAAAUAUCCUCACAGCCACCCGUCAUUAUUUCAGAUACCGAAGAAGAUUCCCAGAUGACUCCAAAUUACAGCUCACCCUCCAUUCUGUCUUGUAACACUGUGUUUCUUGAAUAUGAAGGGCAAACCAGCCCUAGAAAUGAUUGUUGUGAGGCAAGCAAUUCCGAUCUACCUCAACCCUCAUCAUCCUCAUGUGUCCUCAUUGACGAACCUGCUAAUAAAAUGCCAAAGCACCAAAUCGACACACACAUUCAGACACACAAACCUCUUUUACCAUAUCUACCUAUGAAUGUACAAACUCAAAGUCAGGCAAAGUUUGUGGGAGAUGAUAACCCUUUUUUUAGAGCCUCAACAACAAUUGUGAUACCAAGAGGCACAAAGCAGCGAUUUGGUGGCUUUGAGUGUGCUGAUUGUUUAGUGACAUUUAGUGACAUCUCAGAGUUACAUGAACAUUACUUACAUCAUGCCAGGGGUGUAAAGUGAAAGGACCCAAUACAUAUUUUUUCCACUCAAUUUAUAUUUGUUUAUGAUGGUAUCAAUAUGCUAAUCUGAAAAAUUCUGUAUCUGUUUUGGUGUUAAAGGGGAAGAUGACCCAUUUUUACAUGUGGCUUUGUUGUUAACCUCCUGAUCACUUACCAUUGACUGUAGAUAAAUAUUGGCUAAAGCAUAUUAGAAGCCACUCUACAACCAUUCAUAUAAAUAAUACAAUCAGCUCAUAAAAUCAGGACCCAUUCUAUACUAUCUAUCUGCACAAAAAAAAAUCUUUGAAUGAUAUGUUUACAACAACAAAAACAUUUAUGGAACAGUGGAAUUUUUAAAUGUAAUGUAAACCCCAUAUAGAAUAGGAUUCUGAGGCUUCAGUAUAUUAUUUGGUUUGGAGUAUUUGGUAGCAUUUUCUUACAUGCUUUAGGCACAUUUCUGUAAUAUAUUAUAGUCAUUGGUGAGAAAAUGUCUAGCAUUCUCUGGAAUUCAACAUAUGGGGAUCACCUAAAGUCUCAGAAAGAAUGUGAUACAAAAACAUGUAAAGAUGUGUGAAAUUACCCUUCAAUCAUGGUUGUCUUGAUUUAAUACUUAGAUGUUGGUAAGCAAGUCAGACACCAUUUUUUAUGAAUCUGCAUUCAGUAUGGAUGUAUAGGAACUGGUGCUAGCGUAUUGAUUGAAAGACAACAAAAAUAGUUUGCAUACUAGCCCUUCCGGACUUCCAGUCAUUGAGUUAAUCUUACUCCCUUUUAAUAGCAACAGUAUACAUCAAUGCAAUGGUUAAAGGAAUAAUGCACUUUGAUUUAUUACAGUAUGCCCGAAUUGCAGUAUGUCUUUAAGAAUUACAGUAUUCCAGCUAGUGAAAACAAAAUGUUGGGAUUUAAAUUGUAGGAAGUAAUGUGAACAUUUCUGUUGUACAUUUACAACUGCCGCAUGGGUAUGAUUGCUGCACACAUUCACCUUCAACAAAAUGUUCUCCUAGCUUUCCCAACAGUCUCUAAAAACAGUGGGUAAACAGUGGGUAUAAAAAGGCUACACACCCCUAUUUUGUUUGUGAAGGCUGACAAAUCAUGUGAGACCUUAUUUCAACUAUAAUAAGAUAUUUUAUUCAACAAUAUUUAAGUGAAAAACAAAUUGAUAAUUUCUCUGGAAAAAUAAAUGUCAAUGCCUUGGUUGCAUUGACAGCAGUAAGGCUGUUUGGAUAGGUCUCUGUGCUUUGUAUCGUUGUUGUGUUUAAAAGUGAAAUAUAUCUUUAGUUUCAGCAUUCUGGCAGAGGGUCACAGGGUUUGCUCCAAAAUAUAUUGAUAUUAGGAGCCAUUAAUUGUCCACUCUCUGCUGACCAGAGCUCCUGUCCCCUUUGAAGAGAAGUAUUUACACAGCAUGAUGUUGCUGGCAUUUUCUUUGACAGCAGGUACUGUGUACUUUGGGUGUUAAGCUGUGUUGGCUUUAGAAUGAAAGCCAAAAAUGUCUUCCUUGGUCUCAUCAAACCAUAACACAUUUUCCUACAUGGGGAAUUGAAUGUGUUUUCUUGCAAAAUUCUGUACAGCCAAUUCUGUAUAGGUUUUGCAAGAAGACACAUUCAAUUUCCCGUGUGUGUACACAGCUAAAACCACAUUACACUAUUAAUAAGUAACAGUCUUGUUAACCUCAUAGGGAUUGUGAUUUAUUAAAUGUUUUAGCGCAUUAUCCUUUUAACAAUGAUUCACAUUUUUAUUUUAAAAAAGAUUUGUAAGAGUUUUUAUUGUAUGCUACUACAGAAAUGUGCCUUUUGAAUAAAAUACCAACUUGUCAUAAUUUGAACUUUUUCUCUAAUAUGUCCUGCUGCUUAUUUGUUCUCAUUUUGGGGAAGCUGUAUGAAUAUGAACACUGCGUUUCUAAUAGUUUUUUUUAUGUUUUACAUUGUUUAUAUUGUACAUUUGAGAACUCAAUUUGAGUCCUAUGGGGAAAGAGGCUGAGUUUACAAAGGCAGUCAUGUUUUAAAAUCUAAUUGGUCUGUUGACUAUUCAGAUCAGAAAAAGAUUUUGAUGUAAUUUGUCAGAUAGUGGAAAGAAUAUAAGAUUUGGGCUGCCUGUGUCCUUUGGUCUGCUUUUGAAACAUUGAAUGGUGUGGUAAUGAUAAUUACGUAACCAUCUUCGUUUUUCUGGAAAUGUGAAUGUUGGUUUGGUACAGUAUUAAAAUUUUCAGUAAUAUCUAUGGGUAUUCGGCAAGAAUUCAAUGUGUCCACACUGAACUAUUGAGAAAAGAAUCCAAAUAUAUUUUUGUCCAAUGUUUGUCAAGUGUACUAAUCGGCUGACUGGUCUGUCUGCCUUUUAGAAGUUGAACUGAGUCAGUAAAAAGUUUUUUUUUUCCAAACUGCAAUGUGUCAUAUGCAGUUUGCCAACAUAUGACAUUGAAAAGCAUUCGGUAUCACAAUACAGAUGUGCCAUUGUGGCAGCUACCUUACUCAUUGACUCUUUAGGCACUGUGUGCACAUACAAUUUAACAUCUAUGAAAAUUGUCAACACUAAGAAAAUGUUAGUUACAUUAAAUCUGUACUGUUUUCACUGUUAAGAUGUCACUCAGCAAUGAAAUUAUUUUGUUUGUGUAGUCUUAUAAUAAAAGUGAUAGUAUUUUGA